AUGACAAAGGAUCAAAUAAAGUACUGUGGAGCAAUCAUCAGACACUUAAAAAAGCAUCGAGACGCUGCUCCGUUUCUUCAUCCGGUCGACUAUAUCAGUCUUAAUGUACCAGACUACCCGAAAAUCGUCAAGCACCCAAUGGAUCUCAAUACUGUCGACCGAAAGUUAUCCGGCCAAGAGUACACCGAUGUGGAAGACAUGAUUGCAGACAUCAGACUCGUCUUCUCAAACUGCUACAAGUUCAAUGGUCCCGAAGCAAUGAUUUCAAUGUUGUGUCAGAAUGUCGAGUCUGCGUUUGAAAAGAGUUUGCACGGUAGACCCAAACGAGAAAUCCACCCGCCGCCGUCUAAAGACUACCCAGAAACGAUAACCAAACGGCGAACAAUGAUGAUGAACCCUCGAAAGAAUGAUGUGGAAACAAAGUUCUGCUCACAGACCCUGCGAGAAUUAAAGAAAUCAAAAUACCGAGAUAUCAAUUUCCCUUUCCUUGCUCCGGUAGACAUCGUUGCCCUCAAUAUCCCGGACUACCCCUCGAUUGUCAAAAACCCGAUGGAUCUCUCGACAAUUGAAUCCAAGCUUGCCGAGGGAUUCUAUGAUUCUCCCGAGGCAUUUGAGGCCGACAUCCGCCUCAUGUUUAAAAACUGUUACCUCUACAACCCCCCGGCCGUACCUGUCCAUCGAAUGGGCAGGGAGCUAGAAAAG